GGCGGGGCACAGUGUGGAAAGCAGCCAAUGGACGGCUGGGGGGCGGAGCCCCUGUGGGAGCCGCAGGGGGAGCUCUCGGUAAUUCCGGAGGCGGGUCGGGUUCUGCAUCCAUGGAGCGAGCUGAGGGCUCGAGAACUUGCUAAGGCCAUCAAACCUAUUGAUCGGAAGUCAGUCCAUCAAAUUUGUUCUGGGCAGGUGGUUCUCAGUCUAAGCACUGCCGUGAAGGAGUUGGUGGAAAAUAGCGUGGAUGCUGGUGCCACUAAUAUUGAUCUAAGGCUUAAAGACUAUGGGGUGGAUCUCAUUGAAGUUUCAGACAAUGGAUGCGGGGUAGAAGAAGAAAACUUUGAAGGCUUAACUCUGAAACAUCACACUUCUAAGAUUCAAGAGUUUGCUGACCUAACUCAGGUUGAAACUUUUGGCUUUCGGGGGGAAGCACUGAGCUCACUUUGUGCACUGAGUGAUGUAAGUAUUUCUACCUGCCACAUCUCUGCAAAGGUUGGGACUCGACUGGUGUUUGAUCACAAUGGGAAAAUCGUCCAAAAAACCCCCUACCCACGACCCAGGGGGACGACAGUCAGCGUGCAGCAGCUCUUCUAUACGCUACCUGUGCGCCAUAAGGAAUUUCAAAGGAAUAUUAAAAAGGAGUAUGCCAGAAUGGUCCAGGUCUUACAUGCAUACUGUAUCAUUUCACCAGGCAUCCGUAUAAGUUGCACCAAUCAGCUUGGACAAGGAAAACGACAGCCUGUGGUAUGCACAGGUGGAAGCUCCAGCAUAAAGGAGAAUAUUGGAUCUGUGUUUGGACAGAAGCAGUUGCAAAGCCUCAUUCCUUUUGUUCAGCUGCCCCCUAGUGACUCCGUCUGUGAAGAGUACGGUCUGAGCUGUUCUGAUGCUCUGCAUAAUCUGUUUUAUGUCUCAGGUUUCAUUUCACAAUGUGCUCACGGAGUUGGAAGGAGUUCAACCGACAGACAAUUUUUCUUUAUCAAUCGGCGGCCUUGUGACCCAGCAAAGGUCUCCAGGCUUGUGAAUGAGGUCUACCACAUGUAUAAUCGACAUCAAUAUCCAUUUGUUGUUCUUAACAUCUCUGUUGAUUCAGAAUGUGUGGAUAUCAAUGUUACUCCAGACAAAAGGCAAAUUUUACUACAAGAGGAGAAGCUUUUGUUGGCAGUUUUAAAGACCUCUUUGAUAGGAAUGUUUGAUAAUGAUGUCAAUAAACUUAAUGUCAGUCAGCAGCCACUAUUGGAUAUUGAAGGUAACUUAAUAAAAAUGCAUGCGGCAGAAAUGGAAAAGCCUCUGUCAGAGAAGCAGGAGAAUUCCCCUUCGUUAAGGACUCAAGGAGAAGAAAAAAGGGCAAUAUCCAUCUCAAGACUGAGAGAGGCCUUUUCUCUUCGUCACACAACGGAGAACAAGUCUCAGGACACGGAGGAGAUUCCUGAACCGAGACGGAGCUCUCCAAGGCAGAAGAGGAGUGUACCAUUUUCUAGGGCUUCAGAUCCCGUCUCUGGCAGAGGCUGGCCGGUCCCUCCGGAAGAGGUGGUGGGCUCUGGCAAGGGCCCUGGUGACCACGUGGACAGAGCAGAAGUGGAGAGGGACUCGGGGCACGGCAGCAGCACUUUAGCUGGCUCGGAGGGAGGGUUCAGCACCCCAGACACGGACAGUCACUGCAGCAGUGACUGUGGAGCCAGCUCCCAAGGGGACAGGUUUUCACAGGAAAACAUGGAAUCCUGCGAGAAAUUAUCUGAAACUGACCAUCAUUUUUCCGACGUGGAAAGCCAUUUAAACCAAGAAGAUACUGGACAUAAAUUGAGAGAUUUGCCCCAGCCAACUGAUCUCUCAUUCUCAAAUACAAAACGUUUUAAACAAGAAAUUCCUUCAAAUUCCGACAUUCCUGAAAAGUUAGUUAAUACUCAGAACAGGUCAGCGUCUCAGGUUGAUGUAGCUGUUAAAAUUAAUAAGAAAAUAGUGCCCCUUGACUUUUCGCUGAGUUCUUUAGCUAAACGAAUAAAGCAGUUACAUCGCCAACAACAGCAGAGUGCCGGUGAACAGAAUUAUAGGAAAUUUAGGGCCAAGAUUUGCCCUGGAGAAAAUCAAGCAGCAGAAGAUGAACUAAGAAAAGAGAUAAGUAAAACAAUGUUUGCAGAAAUGGAAAUCAUUGGUCAGUUUAACUUGGGAUUUAUAAUAACCAAACUGAAUGAGGAUAUCUUCAUAGUGGACCAGCAUGCUACUGAUGAGAAAUACAACUUCGAGAUGCUGCAGCAGCACACUGUUCUCCAGGGUCAGCGGCUUAUAGCACCUCAGACUCUCAACUUAACUGCUGUCAAUGAAGCUAUUCUAAUAGAAAAUCUGGAAAUAUUCAGAAAGAAUGGCUUUGAUUUUGUUAUUGAUGAAAGUGCUCCAGUCACUGAAAGGGCUAAAUUGAUUUCCUUGCCAACCAGUAAAAACUGGACCUUUGGACCCCAGGAUAUAGAUGAACUGAUCUUUAUGCUGAGUGACAGCCCUGGGGUCAUGUGCCGGCCUUCCCGAGUCAGGCAGAUGUUUGCCUCCAGAGCCUGCCGAAAGUCUGUGAUGAUCGGAACUGCUCUUAACACAAGUGAGAUGAAGAAACUCAUUGCCCACAUGGGUGAGAUGGACCACCCCUGGAACUGUCCCCAUGGAAGGCCAACCAUGAGACACAUUGCCAAUCUGGAUAUCAUUUCUCAAAACUGACAUUUCUAACUGUAUGGAAUUAUGUGUAUAUAUCUAUUUGGGGUUUCAAAAUUAACCUGCUGCUUAAAAAAUAAUGUACCAGAUCCAUUUAAAAAUGAUCUUGAGAACCUUUUCAAACCAUGUGGAGCAUUGCUUGUAAUACUUUUUGUUCUACAUUUGUGUGUGUGUGUGUGUAUAUAGACAAGAACAUGUUUUACAAAAAUAAGAAGAGCACUUUGGAAGUUACCCAGGCCUCUGCUCUGGCUGAAUAUAUUUUAGUCUGCAACUUUUAGCCCUUGAUGAUAGUUAAAUUCAUAUUGGUUUAAUUUUGUAAAUGUAAAAUUAUGGUCCUUUUGGGAUAGUGGUUCUCAACCCUAAUGCACAUUAAAUUUUAAGAAACAAAUCAUCCAAAAAACUCAAGGGCCAUUCUCUGCCCAGCUUGAAGGAAACGACUGGAUGGGGCUGGGGUCACUAUUUUUAAAUGUUCCUCUGUGUGGUCAAGGUGGCAAAUUGCUGUUCUAGGCAGGGAGAAAGAAAAGAUUUUUUUUCUGUAAUGUAAUGCUGUGAUCUGGUUUCCUCAGUAACAUUUCCUUGGUAACAUUCUAGUUACCGACCCUGACUGGUACUGGAGAUAAACAAAUCUCUGUCCGUCUUGUCAAAUAGUGUUUCAUGGACUCUUGUCCUAUUUGAACUGUGCCAAAAAAUGGAAGUAAAGAUGCCCAGUGUGGAGUACAAAUGGAGGUUGGUGCACAGUGAUGACAAGUGUGGGCCUCCCCACUGCCCUCUGGGGAGCAAGGGCUUCCUCGGAUGGAAGCAGACGGUAAAGUAGUGACUAUUGCCAUGUGUUGUGACAAGCGCCACGCUGGUGUGCAUCUGCGGGAGCUCAUGUGAGAAUCACGAGAACUCUGCAAUUGGGAAUUGGAGGCAGGAUAAUGGCCCCCAGAGACAGCUGUGGCUUAAUCCCCGGGCCCUGUGAAUACAUCACCUUACGCAGUAAACGGGUCCCUGCAGAUGUGUCCGAGUUACUGGUCUUGGGAUGGGGAGAUUAUCUGGACUGUCUCAUGAGUUCUUCGGAGUGGAGGACCUGUCCCAGCUGGCCGGAGAGAUGACACUUGUUGGGUUUUGAAGGUGGAGGGAGGCGCAGAGCCAAGGAACGCAGGCGGCCUCUGCAAGCAGAAGCGGAACCGGACUAUCUCCUGGAGGCUCCUGGAGGAGCGAGCCCUGUCACACUGACUUACUGGCUGUAGGAUAAUAAAUGUGUGUUGCUUCAAGCCA